CAACUGUUGUGCAUUAUUAUUAUACAGUUACAAUACAAUUGAAUAGUUCUUUCUUUGUAUUACUGAUUCACUGUUUUCAUUCCAUUCCACGGUGAAAUGCAAUGCGUUGCCUCCAUUAUCUCUUCCGAUUGAGAAAUCAAUUGAACAAACCCUAACCCAACUUAGCAGCGAUCGAAAAUGGUGAUGAAGAAGGUCCCCGAUUGGCUCAACAGCUCUCUCUGGUCAUCGCCUUCGUCUCCUCCACCCUCCGCCGCCGCCGCCGUCGUGACCCCGUCGGAGCCACCGCCUCGUCCCCCGUCGGAGCCCCCGCCACGUCCCCCGUCCCCUCCCAUCAUCGAAGAUCCUCCACCCACUCAGAGAAUCGAAGAUUCGCCAACCGAAGAUCACAGCGACGACUUUCCUUCUGCCAACGAUGUCUCUCACCAGGCUCAGUUGCUGGCUGAGUUGUCGAGGAAGGUGAUAGAUAUGAAUGAGUUGAGGAGCCUCGCAUGUCAAGGUAUACCCGAUGCUGCUGGAAUCCGUGCUACGGUGUGGAAGCUUUUGCUGGAAUAUCUUCCGCCAGAUCGAGGGCUUUGGUCAUCUGAAUUAGCAAAGAAGAGGUCUGAGUACAAACAAUUUAAAGAAGAGUUUCUUAUGAAUCCUUCAGAAAUCACAAGGAGGAUGUACAGCUCCGCAAGUUGUGAUGCUGGUGAUUCCGAAUGUGAAAGGGCAUUGCUCUCUAGAUCCGAAAUCACUCAUGGGGAGCAUCCUUUGAGUCUUGGGAAGACUAGUGUAUGGAAUCAGUUCUUCCAGGACACAGAGAUCAUAGAUCAGAUUGACCGAGAUGUAAAGCGCACUCAUCCUGAUUUGCACUUUUUCUCUGGCGAUUGUGAGUCUGCAAAUCUUAACCAGGAAGCUUUAAAGAACAUAUUGAUUAUUUUUGCAAAGUUAAAUCCAGGUGUGAAAUAUGUUCAGGGGAUGAAUGAUAUAUUGGCUCCUUUAUUCUAUGUGUUCAAAAAUGACCCUGAUGAGGAAAAUGCGGCCUUUGCUGAAGCGGACUCAUUCUUUUGUUUUGUUGAGCUAUUUAGUGGGUUCCGAGAUAACUUUGUUCAACAACUGGACAAUAGUGUAGUGGGAAUCCGUUCAACUAUUACAAAAUUGUCUCAGCUUUUAAGAGAAAAGGAUGAAGAGCUGUGGCAUCAUCUUGAAGUCACUUCUAAAGUCAAUCCCCAAUUCUAUGCAUUUAGGUGGAUUACUCUCCUGUUGACUCAUGAGUUCAAUUUGGCAGACAGCAUUCACAUUUGGGAUACUAUUUUAAGUGAUCCAGAGGGUCGACAGGGGACUCUCCUCCGGAUAUGCUGUGCAAUGAUAAUUCUCAUUCGUAAGCGCCUCCUGGCGGGUGAUUUCACUUCUACUCUCAAGUUGCUACAAAAUUAUCCCACUACAAACAUCAGUCAUUUGCUCUAUGUUGCCAAUAAAUUUCGUGUACAGUAGCGUAAUGGUUCUUGCCCCUGAUUUUUAGCAUUUUGCGUUUGUAUCUCUCUCAAAUUCCAAUGCUUGUAAAUGACUCUAAAUGUCAGGCUCAGAGCAGUAACUGUAUUUAUUCAUCUUUUAAUUUAAUAUUCUAGUGUAUUUUUUUUCUGGUUUAGUCAAUUUUUGCU